AUGGAGAAGGCGAUGCCAGCUGUUCGUGCACCAUUUAACCAGUCGGCUGGAUUGUCGCAGGAUGUGAAGGAACGUUUCUAUCGACACUUUCAAGGAGAAGCCAUUAAAGGUCUCUCAGAGAAUUUACAAGAGGUAAAAGCCAAAGCCGCACCAAGAACUAGGUUUCGGUUCACAUCUACGAGCAAGAAUAGUUCUGCGGUUUCUAUCAACGACGCCGCUCAGCUAGCCAAAGAAAGUCUCGAUGCUGCUAUGAAGUCGUCUAUGUUGUCUUCCACCGAAUCAUCAAUAGCUACGACGCCAGCUGAUUUGAUGACACCGCUCGGUGAAAACAGCGCUAGGGACAUCGUUGGCGAUCUACCUUCUUUCCCCAAGAAUUAUAAUGCCGAGAUGGCCACUGCCUCCGACCAAAUCCGAAAACCCAGUUUCUCAGAAGCAAGCACCAUAAAUAUCACAGGUCACACUGGUCUUCACAUAAUCCUACCUUCCUCAGCGUCCCGCGCGACUUCUUCUGGUGCUAUAACGAAACUAAAUAGGUGUAUCGUCGACAUGUCGGUACCGACGGCCAACGGAGCUCCUUUUGCUGGGCUUGCCUUGAAGAACAUCAAGCAUUCUUUAGUUAUAGCUGGGCAUAUUGCAGGACCAGCGCAUGUUACCGGUAUUGAGGAUAGCAUAAUUGUCGUUACGUCAAGACAAGUCAGAAUACAUGAGUGUAAGAAUGUUGAUAUAUACCUGCAUUGUGCUAGCCGGCCCAUCAUCGAGGACUGUAGCAAUGUUAGAUUUGCACCAAUCCCGGGUUCCCAGAAUGUUACAGAUGAAUCCAUCGAAAACCAAUGGGAUCAGGUUGAUGACUUUAAGUGGCUUAAAGCGGAGCCUAGUCCAAACUGGACUAUAUUACCCGAGGAGGAGAGACUGAAAGAGGAAAUUUGGACAGAUGUUAUACCAGGAGGGCCAGGGGUCGGGCUUGAGGAUAUUCUGAAGAAGGUUGGGCUCGUUGGGCGAUAA